CUUCCGCUUCCGCCGCCCCGCGCAUCCCGCGGCGCCGCUCCGAGCCCGCCGUGCGCCGGCCCCGGCUCCGCCGGCAGCUCCCGGGCGGGCCGAGGGCCGGAGCUCGCUGUGCGCUCCGCCCCGCGUGCCCCGCGGAGGGGCGGCCGGGGCCGUGCGGCCGCGUCCUCCCUGCGCCGGGAACAGCGGCAGGAGGGCAGCGGAGGAGCCCCGGCGGAACGCUGCCGUCGGCGCGAUGCGGCGCAGGUCGGUGCCGAGCCCUGAGGAGGGGUUAGAAGAUGGUGCGUGAAGCUGCGGCUGGGCUCCCUGAGCGAAGGGGCCGCUCCGGGGCUCGCCCCGCCGGCUGCCCGAGAGGUGCGCGGGCUUAGGCCGGGCAUGGAGGGCUCGGGCGAUGCCUCCCGGGCCGGCGCCGACUGGCGCCUGGCCGUGUGGACGCUGUGCUCCGUGCUGCUGCCCGUGCUCAUCACGGCCUGGUGCAGCUUCCAGCGCUCGCGGCGGCAGCUGCUGAUCCGGGACAUCUUCCGCAAGAGCCAGCACGACUGGCGCUACACGGACCUGUUCGGGCAGCCCUCGUACUGCUGCGUGUGCGCCCAGCACAUCCUGCGCGGCGCCUUCUGCGGCUGCUGCGGGCUGCGCGUCUGCGAGGCCUGCCUCAAGAAGGCGGAGCGGCGCUUCCUCUGCAAGGAGAUCCUGGUGAGGGGCGCCCCGGGAGCGCCCGGCUCCAUGCCGCACCACUGGGUCCGGGGCAAUGUCCCGCUGUGCAGCUGCUGCGCGGUCUGCAGGCAGCAGUGCGGCACGCAGCCCAAGCUCUGCGACUACAGGUGUGUGUGGUGUCAGUACACUGUUCAUGAUGAAUGCAUGGUGGAUUGUUUGAGGACUGAGGAUUGUACAUUUGGAGAAUUCAGAGAUUUAAUUAUUCCACCCUACUAUUUGUCUGCAAUCAACCAGAUGCGUAAAGAGAAAAGAACCGACUAUGAAAAGGUGGGCCCUUACUGCAGGAAACACUGGAUGCCAGUAAUGGUGCUGGCUAACACUCGUAGUGGAAACAACAUGGGUGAAACUUUACUAGGAGAAUUUAAAAUGCUGCUGAACCCCGUUCAGGUUUUUGAUCUCAGCAAAAUUGCACCUGCUAAAGCUCUCCAGCUCUGCACGUGGCUGCCUUGCAAUGCUGUCAGGGUUCUGGUCUGUGGUGGGGAUGGCACAGUGGGCUGGGUCCUGGAUGCAAUUGAUGAAAUGAAGAUAAAGGGGCAAGAACGAUAUAUUCCACAAGUUGCAAUUUUACCUCUGGGAACAGGGAAUGACCUGUCUAAUACACUGGGCUGGGGUGCAGGUUAUGCUGGAGAAGUCCCUGUAGAGCAGAUCUUACGAAAUGUCAUGGAGGCAGAUGGAAUCAAACUAGACAGGUGGAAGGUUCAAGUAACAAACAAAGGAUACUACAACUUAAGGAAACCAAAGGUAUUCACAAUGAACAACUACUUCUCUGUAGGACCUGAUGCUCUUAUGGCUUUGAAUUUCCAUGCCCAUCGUGAGAAAACUCCCUCUCUGUUUUCCAGCAGAAUCAUCAAUAAGGCUGUUUAUUUUUUUUAUGGAACCAAAGACUGCUUAGUACAACAAUGUAAAGAUCUUAACAAAAAAGUUGAGCUAGAGUUGGAUGGUGAGAGGAUUGAGUUGCCCAAUUUGGAAGGCAUCAUUGUGCUGAAUAUUGGAUACUGGGGAGGUGGCUGCAGGCUCUGGGAAGGAAUGGGGGAUGAACCUUAUCCUUUGGCAAGACAUGAUGAUGGACUUCUGGAAGUUGUUGGUGUUCAUGGUUCUUUCCACUGUGCCCAGAUCCAGGUGAAGCUGGCAAAUCCUGUUCGCCUAGGGCAGGCACACACAGUGAGGCUGAUCCUGAAGAGCUCCAAGAUGCCCAUGCAGGUGGAUGGGGAGCCCUGGGCACAGGGGCCCUGCACUGUCACCAUCACUCACAAGACCCACGCCCUGAUGCUGUACCACUCUGGGGAGCAGACAGAUGAUGAUGAUGCCUCCAGUCUGUCAGAGUGACACCAGAGCAGGGAGCAAGUGGAUCCAGACCUGGAGAUUUUGUGCAAUUGGAAUUUCUUGUGCAGCAGUGAGGAACUUCAGCUCGUUAAAACAUCGAUGUCUGAUCGGGACUGAGCUUUAUGAACUAAGGUUCAUACUUGUGAGUGAACUGGAGCUGAGGAGAAAGCCAUGCUUCUGCACUCAUGGAAACUUUCACAGCUGAAUUACUGCAACUGGUUUGCUUUUGGGUUGGUGGGGAUGCCCUCCAGCCUUUCCAGCUCUAAUGGCUGGAAAGGGACAGAUGCUGCACCCCUUCCUUGCUGUGCAAUCAGGUCUUCUGCACACACACAGCACCGUGUUUCAGAGAGAUGUUUCAUACCCUUGGAAAGGGGAACAGCUGGGGGUUUGACCUGCUUCCACCUGCCCCAGACCAAGCAGAACAUGGGUGGAUGCUCUGGCAGCAGCCUGCUCCUGGCUGCCAUCUCUGCUUGGGAGCAAGAGCAGUAACUCUGUGCACCUGCUUGUGCAGUCAUUUCUAAUAAGCUUCACUGGGAGAGUACAGGAUCUGGGAGCUCUGGGGAAGGUACUCAGCAAGAAAAUUGCUUUUGGACCAAAGGUUUCUGGAAAUGUUAUUUAAAAAAUUACCUUUUUCAGUGGCUUUGUAAGCCAAAGAGUACCCUGAGGUCUUGAGUCCCCAACAUACAAUUCAAAAUACUUGUACCAUGACUUGCACUGAUUGAUCCUGUAACUUGACUUUGCUUCAGUUCAGUGAGAGAUUAAUUCUAGAUUUUGUAAAUAGCAACAUCAUAGUUUUUGAGCAGGCUUUUUGGAGGAAAACUUGGACAAAGGAGCAUCUUUAUUAGCUGUUUAGAGAGAAGGGUUUAAAAGAAAUAAUGAUGAUUGGCACAUCUGGGGUAUUUUUUAAAAACUUGUUGAAGAAUGUGGCUCAUAAUUACCUGAGAAUGAUCAGUAGUAAGUCAGUCUGUUAACUUUCAAUUCUCAGUGUGGAGAUUGAGAGCUCAGUUUGUGUAGGUGGCAUUCAUGUGUAUGAUUUGAUUGUGGAAAAAAAGCAUGGAAGCAUUUUUUCUGGCUGGCUCCUAGGGGGUAAAAGAUACCCUGUUGGUUACCCUCAUUUCCCUUAUGGGUGUAAAGUGGGGAUAAAGAUGAGUGGUUAACCCUGGUAGUGGAGGUUCAGAACACCUACAGCAGCACACAGUCACUGUCAGCUUGGCAUGUCUGAAGCUUCUCAGGUUAAAAGCUUCUCAGGUGAAAACAUCUUCAUGGUUAACAAAAGUAAAAGAUCUUACUCCUGUUCUUUUUAUUGUAAGAACUUUAAGCCUGCAGCAGGUGAGAACUGAGUUGAGGUUUAAAAUAAUCUCACUGAGUAAAUUCAGUUUAAUUACUGAAGGUGCUCUUCCAAGUAGGAAGAGAAUUUAUCCUGUGUAAGCCAAGUUUGUAAGAAGGUGAGAGCUUUGGUCUGAACUUGGAAUGUUGCUGCUUUUGUCAUGAUCCCCCAGUUUUUAAUUUUUUUUUUCUUUAUGCUGCCUGAAAAUGAGACCAUUGGGUAAAGUAGGCUGUGUUUCUAGGUUUUUUUAGAUGAAACCAUUUUUUGGAAAUCUGUAAAAUGAUGUUUGCAUUAACAGUGAACAAUCUAUUUAUAUUUUAAAAUAAUUUAUUGAAACUUGGCAAAGUCAGUAUUUUUUAAAACCUUCAACUGUAAUCCUCUUUGGAAAGCAUUUUUAACUUGAUGGUGUUCCUUGUAGAAAGUGUAUGUACUAGAACUUCAAUACUACUGAUUCUCAGUGAAUUUGUAGCAGUCUGAAAAUGUGAUUAGAGUGUAAUGAACUGUAAAGCAGAAGCCAUUUGUAAAUUCCAUAUUCAUUAGCCUUAUACACAUAACUUUAAUUAUUUUAUUGUAUGUAAAUAUAGAUGAAAAAUAAGAGUAAAAUAUAUGUAAAAAGUGUUUAAAAAACCCUAAGUAUGCUAUGCUAGAUGAAUCCAUUAACUUUCUUUUUUAGUUAUGAGCUUCAGUUUCUAUUAGCUUCAAAAAUCUUACCAGUUAUUAUUUUUUUAAUAAUUUGUAACCAUCAGCACCCUAAAAGUAUUUAAGUUCUGUGCUGUAGUUCUUACAUAAUUGUUGUUUACAAACAAAUGAGGAAUCUCUGGGAAAGCAGGGUAUGUGCUCUGAAAAGCAGUAUCUGGAAUGACACCACUGGCUACUUUAAACUAUUCAUAAUGCAGUUUAGACUUCCCUGAAGUUGAUCAGAUAAUUAUUCAAAUUGGUUUAUAGCCCAAGAACCUUUAACUGUUGAAAAACUUUACUCUUUUGACUGCUGACAUCUAGAAAAGAAAUAAUUGAUGCCAAGGUUGGAAGUCGCCCUGUGUUCCCACUGCAGCUUGCCAUGAGUUCAGUCCAACAUGUGUGAAAUCCUCUGGACAGGGUAAAUCCAUCAUUCCUGCUGGAGAAACAAAGUGAAGGUAGUGUCUAACUGGGUGCUUGUUUGGGAAAACCCCACUAAAUGAUCCUGGUUUUGGAGGUGAAGAAGUUUGUGUCUCACCAAUGCACUGUAAGUGGUGGCAGUGAAUGUGGCCAUGGUGGCUGUGGGGAAGCCUCUUGUGAAACUCUAUUUAUGGUUUGGAGAACAUUCUGUAAGGCUGCAGUGUCCAUUGUGACUCUGUAGCUGUCAUUUGUGUGGCAGAAAAGGGUUUGUAAAACACAGUUAGCCCUGGAGUCUGGAAAGCCUUGCUGUUUCCAGCUGUUCUUUGGUCUCAGUGUUUCCUCCUUUCUGCUGUGCUGCAAAUUGGGUUAAAGCCUGUCUGGAAUGACUUGGUGGAGCCGUUUGCAGUUUUAGCCCCAGUUUGGCCUCAGCAGUGGGCUCCAGGAUUGUCUGGCAGCAGCAAUCUGGGCUUGGCUCAUUUGGAGCAGAGCUGGAGCUGCCCAGAGCUGUGGUGUGCAUCUGUGAACUGCUCCCUGCUUUUUAAACGUAGGUGCACAGAGCCCCAUUGCAAACAGCUCCUCCAUGCGAGGAGUUACUCCUUGUAGAGUAACCCCCAGAGCCUGUUCUGUGUCUGGGAGAGGGGACUCUGCAGCUGAGCUCCUCUCCUGCACUGGAGGGUUUUCCCUGAUGCCGUUAAUCAUAAACAUUGGAAAAAUAGUGAAAACAAUAUUUUAAAAAGCCAAAUAACAAACUGUUUCUUCUGCCAGUAUAUUAUAGCUUUGUGUAAAAUGUACAGGGUAAACAGUAACACUGAUUGUCAAGCAGUUUGAAGUGAGUCCAUGAAGUUUAUUUUUUAGUUGUAUUGCUGCAUCCAGUAGCAAGUGUGGUCAGUUUCUGAUAACUUUCCUUAAGGUAGGUUCUCAGUCUGUGACAGGCAAUACAAAAAUCAUAAAUCUGCAUGGAGAGCCUUUCUGUGGCUCAGCUCCUUGCCUGGCUCCAUUGUACUUGUUCACUCAGGUGGAGAGGAUGUGCUGGGCAUUUUUAUGUGCACAGAACCUCCUGUCAAAGGCUUUGUCAGACAAAAUUGGACAGCUGUUCUUGGCCCAGUGACCCACCUGGCUGGCUUUUCCAGCCACCAUCACCACUAAAGGUUCCCCAAUACCCCUGGCCUGUACUGAAAGUACAGUCUUUGUUCUCAUUGCUGCUGGGGAGGAACGUCCCUUUUCUCCACAGGUUCUGAGAGCUGAUCCUUGAAGGGUUUGGUUUCAGUCUGGCCAAUUCCUUCUGGUUGUGAAGCUUUUGCAGUGUGUGUUACUGUAUCUCACUGGUUAAAUAAAAAGCUCUGCACCUUCAGCUGUGAUCAGCACAAUGGCAUCAGUGUUAGGGUAGUUACUGGUUUUUACCUGGCAACAAAUGCUUUUGGUAGAGCAGCACUGUAACCCAGUUAUUCUCUGGGGAAGAGCAGGACACUUAAAAUCUGCAUGUGUUCUUACUGUAAUGACUACUAGCAGUUUUCUUUGUUUUGGAAAAUAAAAAAAUUAAGUCUUCAGUUGGAAUUAAAUUAGACUGUCUUCAAAAAUGCUAGGAGGUAACUGAUUCUUUUGAAUGUCAACCACUUAAUUAAAGAUGCAGGUUUCUUCUGAGAAAUGAGAGGAGCUUCUUGAACAAAGCAGCAGAAUCCACUUCUUCCUGUGCUAAUUAAGUAAAUGGAGAGAAUUUACACUUUCUUUGUUUCAGCAAUGUUGAGGCCACAGUUCUCAAGCACGACGUGAUCAUGAUUUUAUCAUCUAAGAGUGCUGAAUACCCAAUUCAGGCUUUGGGCAUCUCAGGGAGAUACUUCAAGCUGGAAUAAAGCCACAUGCCUUGACUAAACCUAGUUGUGUUGUGCAGACUGACCUUAGCUGAGGAUCUGGCCCUUAACUGUUCAAAAGUAUGAAUGUGCUCAAAAUUGUACUUUUUAAUACUGCCCUGUGUCCUGUGCUGUCCCCCUACUGCUGUGUGUAAUUAAUUCUUUGCAUUGUUUAAUUUGCAACUUGUUUGUAGAUUUCAGCAUAAAAAUAGUUUUCUUUUUAAGAUUAUGUAGGAACUUACAUUGUAUGUGAGUUUAUUGCAUUCUGUACCGUCAAGGUUUACAUCCCUCAAAAGCCAUUUUGUCUGCUACAAACUGCUGUAAUCCUUUGAGUACCUCCAGCCAUCCUCUCUUUCUAGGAUUUUUGUAGUUAAACAGAAUGGAUUUUUAUUUUUGUAGCUUGUAACUUCAGUAUGUAUAGUAGUGAUCAGAAUACUGUAAAAUGUUGCUUUUAAGAGCUGUAACUUUUAAUUAGUAAUUGCUACUUACAAGGAAAUGUCAGCAUGUUAACAGUUUUAAAAAAUAUAUUCUUUAGCUACACAUGCUGUGAUGCUGCCACGUGGGAUUUAUAUUGAAUGUUUGUCUAUAUGUUAUAAAGUGGCACUAAACAAGGAAAAUAUGAGCCUAAAGUGCAAUAAAUAGCUCCAAAAAUAGAAUUCAUAACAUUUUAGGCAGUUUUCAAUUGAGAAAGGUGACAUUUGGGAUUCAGUAUGUUUUUAUUUCCCACAGAGCAGUGGGAGUGAUCAGGGGACUCUUGGCAGAUCAGUUGUUUCCUUAUGGUGUAGCUGGAGCUCUGUAUUUCGUGCCCAGCUGUGAGCAGACACUGCACCAUUCCUGCCCCUCAGAGAGCAAAACCCAGAGCAAGCCCGUGGCUCUCAGCUGUGUGAGCUCUUGCUUGCAUGAAAGAACCAGUUACCAUGAUCUUGGACCUCCAGAAUAAAUGUGUGAUUUUUUCCUUGGCAUCAAGCCAUGUUUUCAAACCUCAAACUGGUUUUCUUUGGUUUUGAAGAGAGGGCAGGCUGAAAUGGAAGGGUAAGGAGGUAAUCCCUUAAAAGUCAUUGUUAUAAAAGCAGAGAUGUCUGGUUUUAUUUGCUGCAGAGGCAGUGAGUGUGCUUUUAUCUCAUACAGACUGGAUGGUUAGUGCAGUGGUUAGAUGGGCACAGUGUGUGGUUUGGGCCAGGUUCAGCCUGAGAAGCUGCAGCCUCACUGGAGCCACAGAACUGCCCCGUUCUGUGGGUACUGCACAUUAUGGGGAAACUGAAAACUUGAGUUGGUUGUACCAUGGCCUCUCUCUGUGACUUACACUCCCUAAAAUUCUCUAUGGAGAAACAUCUGCUCUAUAUUCUUCAUAAAAAUUGGUAAAUACAGAUUUUUCACAGCACUGGCUCUGUUACUGAUUUUCCUAAUGCAUCUGUUUGUCUUGUUAUUUGUACUGUAUUUCUCUGUAGAUUUAAGGGCGUGGAUUAAAGUAUUUAAACUCGG